AUGGGCAAAGACACUUAUCUACGAAAAAUUCUCGGCCCAGAAAGACUCUCCAAAAUCAGAGCAUCCAAGGUGCUCAUGGUGGGAGCAGGAGGAAUUGGCUGUGAGCUAUUAAAGGACCUUCUCUUGUCUGGAUUCGGAGAGAUUCAUAUCAUAGACUUGGACACGAUCACGCUCUCUAAUCUCAAUCGACAAUUCUUGUUCCUGAAAGAGGAUAUCGACAAGCUGAAGUCGUUAAUUGUUGCCAAAAACGUGCAGUCGUUCAACUACUUUGACUGCAAACUUAUCCCUUAUCAUGGUAACGUAAUGGAUACCAAAGCUUUCCCUCUUGAGUGGUACAAUCAAUUUGACUACAUUUACAACGCGCUAGACAACUUGGAGGCCAGAAGAUAUGUGAACAAAAUUGCUCUUUUCUUGCGAAAGCCUCUUAUGGAAUCGGGAACUACUGGUUUCGAUGGCCAGGUCCAGCCAAUCUAUCCUUAUGAAACCGAAUGUUUUGAUUGCCUGGAGAAGGCUACCCCACAGACUUUUCCGGUUUGUACAAUUCGAUCCACUCCCUCGAAACCGGUGCAUUGUAUAGUGUGGGCCAAGGAAUUCUUGUUUCAACAGUUAUUCUCAUUCAGUACUUUGCAAGAAGUUCUGCAGGACCAAUUGAGAGGUGAAACGGAUGAUUCCGAGGAGAUCGACCGCAUCAAUAAGGAAGCCAAUGAGUUGUUUGCUUUGAAGAGCCUCAUCAGCCAGGAAGACUUCCCUUCACAAGUGAUCCGUAAAAUUUACGACGAAGAUAUAGAAAAAUCGUUGCGUCUAGAAACUCUUUGGAAAAACAGAGAGAAGCCACAAGUUUUGGAUUUCGAAAAUACCUACAAGGGUCCCUUGAUGGAUAUGCUUUCAGACGCAUCCAACGAAUCUAUUUUGUCUGACGAUGCCAGAAGUUGCACGCUCUUGGAGAUAUUGUACAUAUUCUGGGUUUCCAUCGUUCGUCUCCAGAAAAGAGUGAAUGAAAAUCAAGAGCUUGAUAUACUGUUCGAUAAAGACGACGAAGACACCCUCAACUUUGUAUCGGCCGCUGCCAACUUGCGGUCGCAUGCAUUCCACAUUGACCUUCAGACCAAGUUUGAUAUCAAGCAAAUUGCAGGAAAUAUCAUUCCUGCAAUUGCCACGACAAAUGCUAUCAUAAGUGGCUUCAGUGAUCUUGCCUCUUUGAACUAUUGGAAUUCGAAUUUCGAAACAAAACAUGCCAAGACUACCUUCAUCAGCAUAAAGGAAAACAAGCGUGCUACUUCCGCAGCAGUUGGACCGCCAUCCAAGAAAUGUGCGUCUUGUGGACAAGUAAGUCGUGGCAUUGCAAACAUAUCUAAGGACAUGUUGAAGAUGACAGUUCAAGAUCUCCUCCUGAAGAUCAUUAAGAAGUAUGGAUAUGGAGAUGAUAUUUCUCUUCUUCUUGGACAGGGCGAAUUAAUCUAUGAUUAUGACUUUGAUGAUAACUUAGAAUCCAAGUUGGCCGACAUCAAGUCUUUCAAAAGCAACGAAAUCCUUCUGAUUCAAGAUGAAGAAGACAAUUGGGAGAAUCUCGAGCUUUAUCUCAAUUUUGUGGAUGGGGAUUCCAUUUUUGACCUUCCGGACUUGACGCUCAGACCGAAGCCCCAAGUUGAGUUGCCCAAGGAGGACGAGGACAAGAACGACGACAAUGGACCCGAGCUUGAAGCCGGUUUUAUUGAAAUUGACGACGAAGACGAGCCACCAGCCAAAAAGAGAAAAAUUCAGGAGGAAAUUGAGAUUCUCUAG